AUGGAUUUUGAAAAAGGUUCAUAUUUCAUCAAUCAUUACAAGGAUGUUGUGAAUAUUGAUUUAACAUCAUUGAAAGCAGAAAUGUUGCUGACAAAAAAUUGUUUACAAAAUUUUGAUAUACUUGGAAUAAAGAAAGUGGUGACUGAAGAUGUUUUUCCAAACUUGUUUAAACUUAUUCAAGUAGGAUUAGCUAUUCCUAUAAGCUCAGCUACUUGUGAAAGGUCUUUUUCAUCUAUGCGCCGAAUAAAGAAUUGGCUUAGGACAAGCAUGGAACAGUCAAAAUUUACAGAUUUGUCAGUUAUUAAUAUUGAGAGAGAUCUAAGCAAUAAAAUUUAUAAAGAUAAAAUAAUAAAUAAUUUUGCUAUGUCUCUUUAG